CUUCGCCUUUGCGUUUGCGACGACCACCUGCAAAUCAAUCCCCCCUCUCUCUCUCUCUCUCUCUCUCUCUCUUUCUCUCUCUGUAAACCCUAACUUCGAGGCCGGAAUGGAGGCGCCGGAGUACUUACCCGCCGGUUUCUGGCGAGCCGGGAACCCGCAUUGCGUACCGGAAAAGGACGCCGGAGGGGGGGUGGACCAGUUCGCCGUCGAGGACCUGCUAGAUUUUUCCAAGGAGGAGGAGGGGGAGGGAGAGGGGGAGGAGGAGGGGGAGGGGUGGGUCGUCGCAGGAAGCGACGAAGGCGGAUCCGAUGACGCGGUGGGUAACUCUGCCGAUUCCUCCACCGUCACGGCGGUGGACAGCUGUAGCAACUCCCUGUCCGGAUUCGAGCAGCAUUACCCCGAGGGCCUCUCCUUCAGGAGCUUCCCCGACGCCAGCCUCUCCGACGACCUCUGUGAACCGCAGUACGAUGAGUUGGCGGAGCUGGAAAUGGCGGUGUCCAAUUUUGAGGAUUCCUUCUCCAGCGAAGACCUGCACAAGCUUCACCUCAUAAAUGGCGUCAACUCUGCCUCUUCCUCGUCCUCCUCCUCGGCCACCGUCACAUCCGCCGGCAGGCUUGCAGAGGACUCCGUCGGCGGCGGUGAGAAGCAGAUUACCACUUUCCGUCCGGAGGCGCCCGUCCCUGGCAAGGCGCGGAGCAAGCGCUCCCGCGUCGCCCCAUGUAACUGGUCCUCCCGGCUACUGGCCGUAUCCCAGUCGGCGUUCGUCUCGCCUUCCCCUGACUCGGAGCUCAUCGCAGCGACCCCCGUCGCCCGCGCCCCGCCCAAGAAGGCCGCGAAGAGGAAGGAGCCGGCCGGUCUCGCCUCCGCGGACGGGCGCCGCUGCGUCCACUGCCAGACCGACAAGACGCCGCAGUGGCGGACGGGGCCGGUGGGCCCCAAAACGCUCUGCAACGCCUGCGGCGUCCGUUUCAAGUCCGGCCGCCUAGUCCCGGAGUACCGCCCAGCCGCAAGCCCCACCUUCGUCGUCUCCCAGCACUCCAACUCCCACCGCAAGGUCCUCGAGCUCCGCCGCCAGAAGGAACUCGACGAACUCGCCGCCCCGCCCGCCGCUCUCUUCGACACCCUCCCGCCCAUUCCUCCCGCCUCCUUCUUGAUCCACGGCCCGGACAUCCGACACCUCUUCUAAAGAAACCCUCUCGUCUCCGGCGACUUACCUCCCUCCCGUAGGCAUUAAUUUGAAGAAAUUUGGACUCCACGACAUGCUCCUUUUUUUCAAGCAUCUCAUCUCUCUGUCCUAAUUUUUCCUUCUGUUCUUCAAAAUUAACUCUAGGCGAGUUUGAUCCUUAACAUAAAAAGAAAAAAAGAAAUAAUUCACUUCUUAAAUAACAAUCAAUAAUUUCUCUUUCU